CGGUCUUACUAGCUCUUUACACGGCGAGCCGAGACAGGUUCAGGCCGGCCACGCGUUGGGCCAGUGUGCCGGCGGAGUAGAAUCGAGUUUGACGUCUUGCGUAGUUUUACUUCCUUCGUGGGUAGCGAUUCAGGCUAGGGGGGCGGUAGGCGCGGCGCUGGCCCGUCUUUCGCAAUGUGGCCUCCGGCUCCGGUGACCUCGAGGCUAAGCGAGCAUGGCUUCAAACGUGUCUUGGGAUGACACCCGAGCGCACGCAGUCACAGCGGCUCAUUGUUGCUAACGGGAUGCCCGCCUCCAUCUCAGGUCUAUACCACCGGCGGGCUCGUCGUCGGCAGCCCGACAGGCUCAGGACGCCGACAAGGCCACUCGUGCAGACGCUUUGGCUGACUUCCACGCGGCAGCAGAGCAGUCGACUUCAAAGAGGAGGCUAAAUGCGACACCCUGGAGCAGCUGGAUAAAUCUGGGCGAGCUGUAGAUACAGCAGGCCGGCAGCACGGCGGAGAUGGCGGGGCAUGCACACGGGGGCAAGCCGUGCGAGGGCCAGGGGGGCGCGGGGGCCGCCGGGGCCAGCCCGCCAGGCGCGCUGGGAGUGACCGGGGCGGGAGGGACGACGGGUUCGGGAAGACCGACGGCCACUCUGCAGCAGCACCACCACCACCACCACCACCACCAGCACCACCACCACCACCACCACCACCACCACCACCACCACCAGCAGCAGCAGCAGCAGCAGCAGCAGCACCACCACCACCACCACCACCACCACCACCACCACCACCAACAACAGCAGCACCAACAGCAGCAGCAGCAGCAGACUCAGCUGCAAGUGACCGGGGCACCAACUGCUGGCGUUGGUGCCAGCCGCCUCCACGGGGAUGGGGCUGGCCGCCGGACUGCGGCCGGCCGCCGGUGCGCUGGCGGCGGCGCAGUUGCCGAAAGCCUCUGGCCAAGCCUACCCGUGCUUCAGGGCGUGGACCAUUCCGGGCCGCCGGGCGUCAAGCGGCCUAACCUUCACUCAGUGCCCGGUCCUGGACCCGCGCCGCACAACCCGCAGCUCUACGGCAUCGUCAUCACAAAGAUCCGGCAGGGCGCCGCCGCCGGGGCCCACCGGCGCUAGCUACCAUCGGCUUCCGUAGAGGGCUUGCCCGGCCCAGCCCCAUGUGGGCCUGCCCGUUCGUCUCCCGGGCCUGCGGCAGAGCCGGCUCCUAUGGAAGGCUUGCUGGUGAGCUGGCGGCGCGUUGUUGUUGCCUUGCUAGUCGGUGUGGGGAAAGCAGGGGCACAACCGUAGUGGCAAGUCCCAGCGCGGGUACCUCUUAGAUCCUUCCUCAGGGUUACAGAGGCGCUGAUGCACGUUACGGUCCCCUGCCGCCGGGGUAUCGGGGCGUUUGGGCGGUCACGUAACGAGCCCCCUUCCUCGGGGCCCCCUGCGGUGGGCAGAGGCGUGGGCUGCCACGACACGGCAGCAGGUUGGGCGGGUUGAUGUGUAUUAGAGGAGGGGCGUGAAUGGGGCGGAUCACAGGCGGAGAGUAACGGAGUUGGACGGGGUUCGACCGGGGAGAGUAGGGGAGAGUAACGGAGAGUAACGGAGAGGAACGGAGAGUAACGGAGUUGAAGAAGGUGGCGUCGGGGUAGGACUAAGGGCACCCUCCUCGGGUAGAGGCGCUGAUGCACGUUACGGUCCGCUGAUGCACGUUACGGUCCCCUGCCGCCG